AUGCACUCCUUAGUACUCACGACACGUACACACACGAAGACAGAGGCUCCGUACGUGCUUUCAGGUCUCACGCCAACUAAGACGUGCAAGCUAUCUGCAUGGAGACCAUGGACGUGCAGGCGCAGCGGAGCUUCGUCGUACCCGCGCCGCACCGUGUUCGACCUCGUCGCGCCGACCUACCACGUCACCGUCCUCUUCGCCUUCUCCCCACCCAACCCCACCGACGACGUCCUCAUCGACGCUCUGGCCGCCACCCUGCCGCACUUCCCGCUCCUCACCGCCCGCCUCGAGCUCAGGUGCCGCCCCGACCAUCCGCGACGACGUCCGUUCUUCGUCACGGGCAAAGGCGGCGCGGGUGCUCUCGUCGUGGAGGCCGCGGUGUCGUCCGCGCUCUCGGACCACCUCCGGCUCGUGCCGUCGCCGGACCUCGCGCUCCUGCACACGCCGGUCGACAAGGGCACGCCGCACCUGCUCCAGCUGCAGAUCAACCGCUUCGCGUGCGGCGGCCCCGUGAUCGCCUCCUCGGCGCACCGCCAGGCCGCCGACGGCUACUCCAUGUCCACCUUCUUCUACGCGUGGGUCGACCGCCCCGUGCCGUACGGACCGGGAGGUCUCGUGCCGCGUUGUCCGCCACGGUGCGAGUUCGAGCACCGCGGCGCCGAGUUCUUGCCCCUGUCAUCGCCGCACAAGAACGGUGCAAGCAGCCGUCAGGCUCCUGUCCGCGUCGACCCUUCCGAGAUCACCAACAUGCUGCUGCAUUGCACGAGCGGGUUCGUCGCCAAGCUCAAGGCCCGAGCGCAGAACAGGUACACGACCUUCGAGACCGUGUCGGCCCACCUCUGGAAGAAGAUCACGGUCGCGCGCGGGCGGGUUGACGACGCCGCGCACACGUCGCUAAACGUCUCGGUCAACGGCCGUGCGCGGCUGGGGACGGACGCCGUGCCCAGGGGGUUCUUCGGCAACGUCGUGCUCACGGCGAAAUCCUGGACGAGCGCCAGGGACUUGGCCCGCGGCAGCCUCGCCGACGCAGCGGCGCUGGUUCGCGCCGGCGUCCUCGCCGUCGACCGGAUGUACUUCCAGUCGUUCAUCGACUUCGGGGUGCUGCACGGCGACGAGGAGCUGGAGCCAUUUCUCUACCUGUACACCUGUGCUAAGUCUGAUACUGGGCAUUUCAGUCUGUGUGAGGCCUUCUGUACUGUUGCAGCUCAUUGUCCAGUGACUUACUUUGAUACAAUGUCCAAAUUCUUUCUGCUAGUUGAGUCUGUUGGGAUAGUUGCUCAAUUGCUCUGCUAUGCAAAUCAGCUAAUUAAGAUAGCUCAGAUUCCUGCUAUUUUAAUUGUCUCUAUGGAAUAA